AUGUCCCCUCGUCAUUUAGUAAGCAUCCAGGAUUUACUGGUCCAAGAAUUAGAGUCUUUAGUUGAACAAGCUACAAAUUUCAAAGCACAAUAUAAAUCUAACGAGAAUGCUCAAGAAAACCACAAUAAGUUAUUAGGAAAGGUGAUCGCAUUAUUGUUUUCCAAGAGAUCUACCAGAACAAGAAUCAGCACAGAAGGAGCAGCAGCAUUUUUUGGUGCCCAUGCUAUGUUUUUGGGUAAGGACGAUAUUCAGUUAGGUGUUAAUGAAUCGUUGUACGACACAACCAGAGUCAUCUCGUCAAUGACAUCAUGUAUUUUUGCCAGGGUUAACAAACACCAGGAAAUAUUAGAUUUGUGCAAGGAUUCAUCCGUGCCAAUAAUUAACUCAUUGUGUGAUAGAUAUCAUCCGUUGCAAGCCAUAACUGAUAUUUUGUCGAUAAAGGAAUCGUUCAAUGGUAACAUAAAAGGGUUGAAAUUGGCUUGGAUAGGAGAUGCAAACAACGUUAUUAACGAUUUGAGCAUUGCAGCUUUGAAGCUGGGUAUGAAUGUGAGCAUUGCCAUUCCAGGUUCAAUAAGCUUUGAUUCUCUCAUAGCCGAUAAAGCUAACCAAAUAGCUAAAGAAUUGAACGUUAGUUUUGAGAUCGUUAAUGAACCAGCAAAAGCUUUGAAUGGCGCCAAUGUCAUAGUAACAGAUACAUGGAUAUCUAUGGGAGAAGAGGCAGAAAAGCAAAACAAAUUGAAACAGUUCAAUGAUUUCCAAAUCACUAAGGACCUAAUUUCAAGGGGAAAUGUGAAUUCUGAUUGGAGGUUCAUGCAUUGUUUACCAAGACAUCAAGAAGAGGUAGACGACGAGAUUUUCUAUAGUGAUAACUCAAUUGUUUUUGAAGAAGCGGAAAACAGAUUAUAUGCUGCAAUGGCAGUCAUUGAUGAAUUCGUUGUUGGGAAUAAGACUGUAUCAAAAUAA